AUGGGCGACCUACCGGGUCACAGAGUGCAACCAGCACCAUCAUUUUACACUGUGGCACUUGAUUAUGCGGGUCCAUUUCUACUUAAAGACAGACAGGGGCGUGGUUACAAAACUUACAAGUCUUAUAUAGCCAUUUUUAUAUGUUCUUCAACGAAGGCCGUACAUAUUGAGCUUGUUACAGGUCUAGAAACUCAUAGCUUCCUGUCGGCGUUUAGAAGGUUCAUAGCCAGACGCGGGAAGCCAAGAGCGGUGGUGAGUGACAACGGCACCACCUUCCGGAGUGCCGAUAGGGAGUUAAGGGAGUUACACGAUUUUCUUAACACGAGCUCUAACGAAUUGACAACCUCGUGUACCGAGCAAGGUAUCGUAUGGAAGUUUGUACCUAGUUACUCACCUCACAUGAAUGGUUUGGCAGAGGGCGCUGUUAAAAGUUGCAAAUAUCAUCUAAAGCGUGUCCUGAAACAAUGUUUACUUACCUAUGAAGGUUUUUCAACAGAAUUAAUUCAGAUAGAUGGAAUCCUUAACAGCAGACCUUUAUGUCCUAUUCCCUUUUCCGAUUGGGAAGUAUUCCAAGUCCUUACACCAGCUCACUUCCUGAUAGGAACAACGCCAGUGGCACUACCGGAUUAUCAAUACGACGAAGUCCCUACCAACAGACUUAAAUACUUUCAACAACUCCAACAGAUCUACUAA